AAAAAAAAGUUCGACGUGUACGUCACAAUCUAAUUUUCACCGCUGGUCGAAAAACCAUUUGAGAAGUGAUCCUGCUGGCUUUCUCCUGAUUGACGAGAGUCCUCCCACGGGACCAGGCCAGGUUAUUCUCCAGAGACGACAGAAGGAAGAAAAUCUCCGAUAGCCAUGGACGGCCUGACCCAGGCGCUGGGCUCUGUGCCACAGGGCGUGCAAUGGGCACUGGCUGGCGUUGGCGCGCUUUACCUCGGCAGCAAAGUCCUCAGCUACCUGCACCUGGCGCUGAACCUGUUCAUUCUCAGCGGAACCAACCUGAGCAAGUAUGGCAAGAAUGGCAGCUGGGCGGUCGUGACGGGCGCGUCGGACGGGCUUGGCAAGGAGUUCGCAUCGCAGCUUGCCGCCAAGGGAUUCAACAUCAUGCUGGUCUCUCGCACCGAAUCCAAGCUUGUGGCUCUGGCGCAGGAGCUCGAAGCCAAGUUUGGUGGAAAGGGCGUGCAGACCAAGGUAUUCGCAAUGGAUUACUCCAAAGACCAGGACGAGGACUACGCCAGGCUAGGCCAGGCGCUUGCCGGCCUGGAUGUGGCUAUUCUCAUCAACAACGUGGGCCUGAGUCACUCGAUCCCCGUGUCGUUCUUGGAGACGCCCCGCGAGGAGCUGCAGGGUAUUGUCACCAUCAACUGCCUGGGCACUCUCAAGACUACGCAGACGGUAGCACCCAUCAUGGUCAAGCGGGGCGGCGGACUGAUCCUGACCAUGGGCUCAUUUGGCGGUUGGAUGCCGACACCCUACCUGGCCACCUAUAGCGGCAGCAAGGCGUUCCUGCAGCAGUGGUCCAGCUCGCUGGCCGAGGAGCUGCGCGCCUCCAAGGUCGACGUGCACCUAAUGCUCGGCUACUUGAUCGUGGGCGCCAUGAGCAAGGUGCGCCGGCCGAGCCUGCUGAUCCCGAACAUGAAGCCGUUCGUGUCGUCCGCGCUCAACAAGGUCGGCUGCGGGUCGCAGCGCAUGGCCUACACGUACACGCCCUGGUGGAGCCACGCCAUAUUCCAAUGGGUCGUCGAGAACACGGUCGGGACCGGCAGCAGGGUUGGCAUCUGGUACAACCUCAACAUGCACAUAGACAUCCGCAACAGGGCCUUGAGGAAGGCGGCGAGGGAGGCGAAGAAGGCCUGAGGGGGGGACGAGUGCCUGGCAGUCUUGGAGGCGUCUGAAUGGAUGUUUCUAACUUGUAAGCCGUGAAAGGUCUAUUAUGUUGAUGAUAAAUGGCUUAUUCUUGGCUGUGGUCUGAACAGAGCAUUUGAACAGGCAACAGCAGGCGGUGCUUUGCCAGAGGCUCGCGACAAACCAAGUUGGUAGACUAUAUGAAUACCUAGAUACCUACUUAUUUGGAACCUCUGUAUAUGCUCUCCUUUGGCAAACAUAGGUUUAUGCCAGGCGCCUAUCCUGGGUCGUACAAGGCGUCCUUUCGUCGUUAAUGGGAUGUUCAUUGUGAGAUUGAAUACGGGGAAUUGUCACGAAAAUUUCAGAUAGAUACAGGUAGGUAGUACUCGGGGACGUAUUAUUUGGGUGAUUUUACGACACAAAGUAUUCUGGUAGUUCUCCCAGAAUCGCAGGUAUGGGAUGCCGCUGGUAGAAUCACAGUGGGAGUUUUCAAUGACGAUGGGUCGAGCAGGG